AUGGCAGAGUAUGUGCUCUCGGACGCCACUGCAGACCAGCAACGCGUGAUGAGAAGACACCGUGCCCGCCACACCAAAUCGCGCAAUGGCUGCUACAAUUGCAAAUCGCGUCGUGUCAAAUGUGACGAACUUCAGCCCGCCUGCGGCACAUGCUCUUCCAGGGGUGAGCCCUGCUCAUACCCCCGCCCACGCAUAUUGCUGCAGAAGCCUUCGACAUCCAGAAAAGAUCAAACAGAUGACGACAGUGGAUCCUCGAUGCCGGUCUCUUGGGCGUCUCCAGAUGAAUGCCCCCAGCUCGGUGCGAUUGACCUGAUGGGGGCAAACGCGACAGUACCAGCAAAUUUGGGGAAGCCUCAGCAUGGGCAGCAAAGCCUGGCCAUGGAUGAUCUGAAGCUCCUACAGUUCUUUCACUUACACACUGCGAGCAGAAUGGCACUACAGCCGAGGAGAGCCAUGGUCUGGCAGCGUGUUAUUCCCGAAUUCGCGAAUAUGAAUCGCAGCCUGAUGCACCUGCUUUUAGCUUUGGGGGGCAUUCACAUGGUCAUCCGGCAGGCUGAGUUCAGCAGGCAAGGAGCACUCGAGGCCUCAGAUACGGUAGACUUAGCAACCAUACAGGGGCAUCAUCAAAAAGGGCUAGAGGGUUUCAGAGAGGAGCUGUCUUGCAUUUCCCCCGCCAACGCUGAUCAUGUUCUUGCCGGAUCUCUGCUUCUUGUUGGAUAUGCAUUUGCAUCCCUCAAGGUUCAGAGGCUGAAUUCACUGGCUGAGCUACAACAGGCCCCGAGAAGCUCUUCAACCAAUGAAAUUCUACAUCUCAAUUGGUUAUACCUUAACCGAGGUGUGUCAUCUGUGCUAAGUGACCAAUGGAAUGUCUUAAAAGCCAGCCGUCUCCGACAGAUGGUAGUCCUCCCACACACCGAGGAAUUUUGGAAUGACCUACAAAUCGACGCCCGAUUAUCUCGGCUUUCUCGUUGUUCGCCCAGGCUAUCGAAAUUUGCUGAAGGUGCAGACCAAGCAGUUGCCAAUCUUAAGUCUGCUCUAAAAGCGCUUGAGGCCCCGAAGGAUGAAGUGCCCAAUUGCCCGGGCGCGCCAACUUCUGAGUCUUCGCCUUCCAUGGCUUCUGAUUUGAUCUUGGACGCUCAUUUUGCGGCAUUGGAAAUUCUUGAAAAGAGUUACUCCCGUGUUCUCGCCGUAUUGCGGUGCGCUGCAACCGAAUUUCCUGUGGACACGGAGAUUCAGAUGGAUUUUGAAGACGCGGCUAUUUUGGGCUGGCCAGUCGCACUAUCGAGCCCAUUUUUGUUGUCACUCCAGGAGAGCGAGCAUAACUUCCUGCAUGGGUACUCUCUCGUUCUCCUUGCUCAUUUUUACUUGGUCAACACAUUAGUUGAUACUUGGUUCCUACAAGGCUCAUUUGAAGGGGAGAUAUUCAAGGUGAAGUCCCUUAUCGAUGCAAUGGACGACAACCUACUCUCCACAUUUAUGCUUUGGCCCAACGAGGUCGUGGCGAUGCCAUCAAAAUCUACUUCCUGA